UUCUCAUUCUCAUUUCGAAAUCACAGGAGGCUUGUUUGAAUACUUUCUGUCUUUUCCUAAAAUCUUUCCAUUUUUAUUUUUAUGUACGAUUUUACAGCAUUUUACUAAACUUUAACAUGAAGAGUGUUAAAGAAACAAAGGAAGGAGAAAAGGGAAAGCGAUCCAAAAAGAUCGGUUUUUCGGAUCCUCAAGGAGAUGUUGAAGGAUCGGAUGGGAGGAAAAGUACCGAAAAAACCUAUCGGAAAUCAACCUAUCCCCGGGAAAGUAUGGCUGCCAUGGCGCGUAAAUCAUCCGUAAUGAUACUUUCCCGUUUGAUGGGACCAGCAAUGACUUCCUCACGAGCAGACAGAAGUCUUUACGAUCGAACCAGUAUGUACGUAGUACCCCGUUUCCAAAACACCUAUCGCCUGGAGUCCAAAAAUCCGUUCCGUCGUGAAGCGAUGCAAUCCAUGAUGGAUCAUUUUUUAAAGUCGUAUUUAGAUGAGUACAAGUAUGUGCCGAAGCGUGCGAAACGGUUGGCGGAAAAUUUAAGCGAAGAGUUAAGAAACCAAUUUAAACUGUGCCAAUUCGAACGAUAUCGGAUCAUGGCACUUGUUACGGUAGGGGAUAAGCAAAUGCAGAAUUUUCGGUGCGUUGCUCGUGCUCUUUGGGAUCCGGAGAACGAUGAUUGUCUAAGCUGCACCUACGAAGCACCUUCGUUUUUCGUGAUCGCUAGCGUUUGGAUUGUUUAUUUCGAAUGAGAAUUCUAGUGAAUUAAUCUGGUGAAACAUACAUUAAAUGUUCAAUUAUUUCUUA